AUCCAGGAACUCUGCGUCCGGCCGAAUCGUCGGAAAAACCCGGAGCGGCGAAUCGGGCGCGGCCUCGGGCGCGGAGUUUCAGAGCUUGCGCAGAAGGCGUCCGAGGCGCAUGCUCCCUGGCGGCCCCGGGCCCGCGGUGUGGCUCCCGCGCUGGCCUCCUCGGCCCACGGAAUUCCGGGCAGGCUGCGGACAUGGCGGCCAGCCUGUGGAUGGGCGAUCUGGAGCCCUACAUGGAUGAGAAUUUCAUCUCCAGAGCCUUUGCCACCAUGGGAGAGACCGUAAUGAGCGUCAAAAUUAUCCGAAACCGCCUCACUGGAAUCCCAGCUGGCUACUGUUUUGUAGAAUUCGCAGAUUUGGCCACAGCUGAGAAGUGUUUGCAUAAAAUUAAUGGGAAACCCCUUCCCGGAGCCACACCUGCAAAACGUUUUAAACUGAACUAUGCCACUUAUGGGAAACAGCCAGAUAACAGCCCUGAGUACUCCUUGUUUGUGGGGGACCUGACCCCAGAUGUGGAUGACGGCAUGCUGUAUGAAUUCUUCGUCAAAGUCUACCCCUCCUGUCGGGGAGGCAAGGUGGUUUUGGACCAGACAGGCGUGUCUAAGGGCUAUGGUUUCGUGAAAUUCACAGAUGAACUGGAACAGAAGCGAGCUCUGACCGAGUGCCAGGGGGCAGUUGGCCUGGGGUCUAAACCAGUUCGGCUGAGCGUGGCGAUCCCCAAAGCGAGCCGUGUGAAGCCAGUGGAAUAUAGUCAGAUGUACAGUUACAGCUACAACCAGUAUUACCAGCAGUACCAGAACUACUAUGCCCAGUGGGGCUAUGACCAGAACACAGGCAGCUACAGCUACAGCUACCCCCAGUACGGCUACACGCAGAGCACCAUGCAGACAUACGAAGAAGUCGGGGACGACGCUUUGGAAGACCCCAUGCCGCAGCUGGAUGUGACGGAGGCCAACAAGGAGUUCAUGGAGCAGAGCGAGGAGCUGUACGAUGCACUGAUGGACUGUCACUGGCAGCCCCUGGACACAGUCUCUUCAGAGAUCCCUGCCAUGAUGUAGUCAGGACAAAGGACAAGCAGAAAUAGACUGUGUGAUGGAGAUGAGAGACUCCUUUUUAACAAAAGUAUUGAAAGAACUUUUACCUUUUUGGAAACGUUUUGUAAGAUUUUACUUAUCAACUCUUCAGAUUAUGACAAUUCCUGCAACACUACUCCCUUCACUUAAUAGCCUUUGGAGUUUGAAAACCAAGGUGCCGUUAAACAAGGUUUUCCAAUUUGUCUUUGAACAAGAAUUGUCCACGUAGGGUUAUCUACACUCUGACAAAUUUGUGGAUAUAAUUUAUUCAACCCAGGAGCCUUUCUUGGCUUACUGUAGAAAGCCUUUCUAUGUCCUUACCCCUUGUGAAGUCAGAAUGCACUGAUUACUUGCUGUUAGCCAGCCAAGUGGCGGGCAAUGUUGACCUUCCAUUUCAGGCACCCUUGCUGCCACCCCCUAGGUUUGGUGGCUGGGAACAUUGAAGUCUCUUAAGACACUCCAGCUGGGAAGGAGGCUGCGUGGCAUGUGGUAGGAAGUCAUGGAACCAGCUACAUCUAGACCAAAAGACUCGAGAGUGAGGGCAUGCUCCAAGGGCAGGCCUGGCUUUGAAGCCUUUGUAGAGCAUGAUCAUCGGCAUCUGUGUGCCUGACCCACCUUGGCCCACCUGAAUUUCAUUCAGUAGGUAUGAAUCCUCUUACAUCUAUCUCCAGCACCCAUGUGGGAAAUCUGGACUUAUACCAAAUAAGUCCAUUUUAUUUCUACUUCUAUGUUAAAGGAAAUUGUGGAGUGGGGUGGGGAGAACCUUGAGGCAAAUGGCCUAGUCACAGCCUUCAGCUAUUUUAGGGGCACUGAGUGGCUCAGUCAGUUUGGUUUGAGAGUCUGACUCUUGGUUUUGGCUUCUGGGAUUGACCCCUGAGC